UGCUCGGAGGCACAAGGACCGAGAACGGAUUUGUUGAACAAAUUUGAAAAAAACGUGUCACAUCGCAAUGAGCGUUCGCAUAACACCACCGAUAUUGACGAAAAGUACGGAAGCAGCGGAAGAAGAGACGCCGGAAAGAGCUGAGUUGCCUUAUAAUUUUGAAAAGGAACUUAUUGAAAAUCAAAACCGUCACUUUUGUGGACACAAGACAUUUGUGCCAUGCACAAUAGUUGAACCACUCGAAAUGAAGUUUCACGCCAAACACGACCUAAAUACGUUGGAUUAUGAAAAGUAUCUGCCAUUCGUUGAGCAGCGCGGCAAGAGACGCGCUCGUGGCAUUUUACCUCACCUGUCAGCGGAAGUUUAUGGUUGGUUACCGGUGAAUUUGGUCGCUGAGGGCGUAAAGGAACUGAACUUCAUUUGUGCACCGAAAAUUCGCAGCGACAUGACGAUACACGGCGAACGGGUUGUGAGUGAGCGGGUGACGGAGCGACCGCCCUUCAAUGGCUUACGAUUUGUUGUAUAA